CGGGCCUUCACUAAUCCAAUAUGGCGCCCAUCAUUGAGAAGGAAGACAAGAUGGGUAAUUUCAAAGAAGAAAACAAUGUUGAUGACUCUGAAAAUUUAUGGUGCGUGAACAGUACAUAUGUGCAAUUAUGGAUUAAAGAUAAAGCAUUCAUUUUAGUUUCGAUAUGUUUUUUAAAAAAAACUAUUGAGCACCUCAUUAUUACUAAAUACAUAGGGCCUUAAACUUGCUCUUAUUCUUAUUUUGGCAAAGAAAAUAAUUACCAAAUAAUUAUUUUUUUUUCGUUUCGUUGACAAAUCUGAACAGUAUGCCUAAUAUAAAAUUAAUUGCUUUUUAAGCAUUAGAACUCUAGCUACUUGGGAAUUUAAAAUACUCAGUAUUAAUACUGAAAUAGGGUUUGUGAUUGUAGAUUAAUUAAUCAUUGACAAUCAUUGAUGACCCUGUACUAAGUCACAGUCACUCAGGCCUCUGAAAGUACUGAAACUGUAAAUAAUAAAUAACUAAUUAAAAUAAUAAUUGGCUGAUUCUUAGUGUGCAGUGUAGUUACUGUGAUAAAUACACAUUUCAGCACAGUAGUUGCAGUCAUAGUAUUUUAAAAGUAUUUUAGUACUUUUAGUUUAUGAUUUUGUGAAAUCAGACAUUACUGUCAUUACUAGGGGUGUGCCGGACCCCGGUCCGGAAUCCGGUUCCGCCGGAUUUUGCACUAUCCGGUGAAAUCCGGUUCCGCCGGAUUUACAUGUAUCCGGAACAACCGGAUUCCGGAAUCCGGAAUAUACCGGAUUUCGGAAUUUGCCAGAUUUUGUGACUCACCGGAUCAUAAUCUGAAAUAAAAGUAAUUCUCUUUCCCGAAUUCCACACGAUCACGAUACAUUAAUCGAUUGUUUCGAGCGUUGAGCUUGUUUAAUGUUUAAUAUUCCGUACAUACCAGAGGCUAGAGUCAGCACCGCUAAUAGUUGCCAAUAGUGUAGGGACUUUGAUAAGAAAAUUUAAACUUUUUGUAAAAAUAAACCAAUGGCAUAGUUGAAAAGAUGUAAUUUUUUAAAGAAUUAUAACACCAAAAUCAUAUUUUUAGCUGUUGUAGUUUUAAAGUUAUGAAUUUUUAAAGUACGACUUGGUUUGUCAUUUUUUAACAUGGACUGCAUCUCCACAUUCUGUGAUCUCAUUCCGCCAAUCCCGUCAUGCGCAAUGACUAUAUAGUUUAUAUAAGGCAACGCAUUCCCUGCCUUAUCACUAAAAUACUGUUUAGACUUAGUUUAAACUUUCAACUUUGGCACAUGAAUAAUUAAUUAAAGCUUUCCCUGACCAAUGGUUUAAUAGUUUUUGCACACGGCAAACUCUUAUGAAUGAAACUCUGAGGUAGUACUACGAUACAGUUAUGCAAGUGGCUGUGAAUGGUUGCCAAUGACAACGUGUUGCACACGGUAAAUUCUGAUCAUUUAUAAUAUGGAUUCUACCGGGUUGUUAAAGCUCAAAUUAAAACAUUCCAGUUUAAAUGUCUUUAAAUGCAUUCUGAAACACAAGUUAUCAAUUAUUUUGAUGUAAAUAGUGAUAAUAAAUUAAUAUUUCCUAAGUAUCGUCAACUUCCGCCAUUAAAAAGGGGGGCGUGGCCAACCCCAUGGCGAAAUUAGGUUGAGCGAGCUGCAUAACCUGCUGCGAACGCGUAGAAACAUGGCGUCUCUCGUAAGACACUUAUCCAAAUGGAACGGAACUCAAAUAUAUAUCGAAAGUACUAAUUUAAUAAUAAAUAGACACACACAUCGGAAAAUUAAAAACUCGGAUUUUUUGGCGCCGAUUGCGAAUUCCCAUACACAAAAAGUAGUAGUCCACCUUGACUUACCGAAGUAUCUACCAAUAGUACCAAAAUCCGGAAUCCGGGAGAAACCGGAAUCCGGAUCCGGCGGAUUUCGCAUAAGAAAAUCCGGAUCCGGUUGGAAAAAACGGAUCCGGCACACCCCUAGUCAUUACUCACUCAGAAGAAUUAGUAUCAUCUACAAUCACCAGGGACUCCACAGAGACCCCAUCCAUUCAAACUUGAUUUGUGUACAAUGCAAAAAAAGAAACAGCCUUCAGACUUUUCCAUACAAUUUUAGCUUUGUUUGCAAAUGUUUUAUGUAUUAAAUUGUGCAAGCUGCUUUAAACUUCUUACUUGUAACAUACUAUUUUAUGAAUUUUUAUUUUCAUGGCUGGUGAAUAUACAGCAUCUUUAAUUGCUUUGCCAACUGCAUUUCGUUUUAUUGUAAACUACACCGUCUUUAGUAUAAAAAUAUAAUAUUAUUUAAUUUAAUAACUGAAAUUAUUUCUAGUAAAUGAAAAAAAAAUUUUGUCUUGUUUUAAGGGCUGACAUCCUCAGUGAGGUACAAUCAGGAUCAGCUUCCAAGUUACCAACUACUCGUACUGUUCUUGUUUUAGGUAAUUUUGGUCACUGCUAAAAUAUUGAUAGCAGUGAUUACAAUUUUUAUUUUUUAUUUUAGCAUUGAGCUAUUCAUACAGCUUAGAUUCCUAAGAACCUUAAUUGAAAGUUACAACAACAAAAAAAGUAUUAUUCCAAAAUCAUUAUAUAUUUUUAAUAAUUUAAAAUAAAAAAAAUUAAGUUAUUCUCUUUGAAAAUGUUUAAAGUUUAAUACAAAUAUUUUAAAUUUAUAAUGCUUUGAUUUUUUCUUUAAUAAGGUGAUAAUGAAUCUGGGAAAACCACAUUGAUAGCAAAGCUUCAAGGUCUAGAAGAGCCAAAAAAGGGAUCAGGCCUGGAAUAUUAUUACAUCGAUGUUAAAGACGAGUAUCGAGAUGGUAAGCACCUAAAAUUGUAUGUCAUAUAUUUCACACUGACAUAGCACAGCAGUCCCCGUGCAAAGCUGAGCUGUCCCUCCCAGUUUUCCCUUAGUGGGGAUAAAUGGAAUAUGACCACAUGUAGGGGAUCAACCAUUAAUAAGUAAUUAAGUACCACUACAUCUCAUACGCACAGAAGAUUGAACUGGGUAGUGGGUGAUACCCUUAAUUGCUAUAAAAUAAGCAAUUCAGUGUAAUCUCCUUUCAAAACUGUUUUAAAAUAUCUUUUGUUCCAGGGGAUGGUAAAAUAUUGUUUUCACAGGGAAGUACAACUAUCCCGUAAUUAGCUUAUAAUUUUAUUUAAUCAGGGUAAUGUCAGUGAACUGGUGUGUUUUUUAAUGCAUCACUCUUAAAUUAUAUGUUAUGAAUAUUAUUUUUAAAGUUUUGAUAUAUGUUACAUACUUUUCUCUUAUAUUAACAUUUUAAAAAAAAAUAAAUGUUCUUGUCUAUUACACUAGACAAUUGCUGCAAAUGUUACUUUUACCCCUUUGUUUUUAUUCUGCAUUUAUAAAAAGCAUUUAAAAAAAAUUAAAAUUAUUGAUUGGGGUUUUCAAUGUCUUGGUUUAUUGCAGAUUGAUUAUAAAUUUUUGUGCACUGUGGCUUUUUCAUAAAACCAUUGAUCUGUGAAUUCAUGCAACCGGAACAUAUGUGUUCUGCUGCAUGGGAUAAUCUUAAAGUUGCUUGCUGCAAAUUCAAGUUGUUGACUACAAAAAGUUUUGGGAUUUGGUACUAAACCAUUUGCAAUGACCGGAGUGCAUUACAGCAGUCAAGAUUUUUAAAUAUGAAAAAUUUCUCAGAAUGGCUUUGAGUGCCUUAGAGCCAUCACUGGUUUUAUUUUAAAAGUUGAUAUUUAUUGUGGCUUUACAAAAAUCUUGAAGACAUUAUUUUUAAAACCUCUCCAUUUAUAACAUAAGAUGAAAAAAGUAUUCACCCCAUUAAGCCUUUAUGAAAAGUGAUUAAUUUGUUUCAGAACAAGCCCGGCUAAAUGUAUGGGUCUUAGAUGGUGAUCCACAUCAUACAGGACUGCUGAAAUAUGCCCUUAAGGAGGAUACUUUCAGUGAUACUCUAGUCAUGCUAGUUGUGUCUAUGGCCCAGCCUUGGGCUUUGAUUGAGACACUCAACAAAUGGUCAGAUGUACUAAGGGAUCAUGUGGACAAAUUAAGAAUCCCUACAGACAAGAUGCAGGAAUAUGAGCAAAGUUGUAAGUAUAAAAAGAAUUCUAAACAUUUCAAGUCACCUGUUCUUUGAGACAAGUAAUAAAAGAACAAAGAAAUUCAAUUUAUUUUGAAAAGUCUCAGUGUUUAAGAGAAGUUCAAUACAUUUUGAUAAAUCUCAGUGGUUAAUAGCAGUUUGAGAUAUUAAAAAAUGGUUGAAUGUUAUUUUCAAUUAUUCAGUAAUCCUAGGUUUAAUAGUGAGGUAGUUUAUGAAUAUUUUUGAUGUUCAAAGAUGAUGUCUUCAUUAAAAAAAAAUCAUAUUAAUCAUUCAUUAUGUAUGACCACUCACUGAGCUUUAUGUACAAAUACAUAAAAAGAAUUUUGUUAUUAGAAACACAUAGCAGGUAUUAGUACUUCCUAUAACCUUGUGCAUGUUUUCAAGAUGUAUUAUGCAUCAGCUGAAUCAACUCUAUAAAUCAAUACCCAACAUCAUUGAUAGCAUGAUGCACUUUGAUGAUUUGGAUAAAAGUGCAAGAGAACAGUGAAGUGAAAUGGAAGGGUUUUUUUUUUUUUGUUUUUUUUAAAUUUUAAAUUCCACAAAAAUUAGUGUCGGCACCAAGAAACUCACAACCCAAAAAGAUAGCAAAGAAAAUUUUUUAAUCAAUAUAUAAGUACAACAUUGCUUGUAAGGAUUUACCUGUACCACAGAAAUGAAAACUUGUUCACUUGUGUUAUAAGUUAAUGGCUCAUAACUCACAACAUAAGUCAGAGGGUUUACAGUUAAUUACAGUAAUAUUGUAGGGGUUGCAGGGUAAAAGUUGCCAGAGAGAGAAACCUGUAUUUACUGAUAGAUUGCUAAGAAAUCAAAUAAACUGACUGCCCAGCUUAGCAUGUGAGUUUAGGACAGAGUUGGUAAAUAGAAAAGUCUUUUACGUUGUGUGCUAAACAUUUCUUCACCCAGCCACACGCCCCCGCCGCCCCCCCCCCCUCACCCAUUAAUUCCCUGGCUAUAAAACCACUCUUCCUGCCUUUGGCAAUAUUUACAAUCAGAUAUUGAUUUUACUCACUUGAUGCAACAGUUUGUGAGUUGUCAAAUGUUUUUAAGUGGCUUGGUCAAUACAUUGUAACACAUGCUCACAACUCUAUCACUUGUUUAUGGCUUAUUCAUUCUUUACCUGUCACUUUCAUUACGCCCAGAUUUAGGAUAUCAUAGCUACAAAAGGUCUAUAGCCAGGGUAAUAAGUUCUAGGUUCAUGAAUUUAUUUUUAUUUAAUAAAAAGAGUUGGUGGAACCCCCCCCCCCUUUUCAACAUUGGCAUAGAUGUAACUAUUUUGGAUUGAGUCCAAUCCAAAUGAGUCCAAUCCAUAUAACUUAUCCUCACAUGUUAAACCUGAAAAAAUUCUUUCUUUUAUUCACCUGGUAAUUGAAUGAUUAGACUUGUGUGACUCAUACGAGCUAAGCCUAAUCCAGGUGUGGCUUACAAAUUUUCAUAUUGAAUUUUUUUUUAAAACUUGUCAGUGAUCAGGGUAUAUCAAGCAUAUACAGAACCUGGGGACGGACCAAUAGCCACACAGGCCCCUCCCAGAGGGGAUAUAAAUCCACUACAUCCUCCUGCUGCAGGUUCAGAGGAGGAACAUGUUCUACCUUUAGGGGAGCUAACACUGUCACGAAACUUUGGAAUUCCUAUAGUAGUUGUAGUAACCAAGGUAUGCUGGAUCCAUAGAAAAAAUAAACUUAACUUAAACUGGCUAAGUCCUGGUUUGGAUGUCUCAAGGCUGGAUGUUAAUUUUAUAAAAAAUUAUGCUUUCUUUUCCAAGUGGAACCCAUUUAAUUUGUUAUAAUUUAAAUGUAUUUAAAACUUCUGUUGCUAUUUGGUGUUGUGAGAGCAAAUUUUGUUGCUGACCUGUAUAAUUUACAUGAUCUUUGUGUCUCCACAGAGUGAUGCAAUCUCUAUGUUGGAAAAGGAGUUAGACUUUAAAGAUGAACAUCUAGAUUUUAUUCAACAGCACAUUAGGAAAUUUUGUUUGAAGCGUAUCCUUCCAUUAAAACUGGUCUAUUCAAAUACAUGUUGUUUUAUUAUUAUUAUUUUUGAAAUGAUAAGUAUGUUAUGAUAAAGAUUUACCUCAAUUACAUCCAAAAUGAAUUAUUUGUAAAAGCCUGUUUAAUAUCAUGGUCACUGUUUAAAUGAUAAAUAGUUAUUUAUAUUUUGCUUUUACCAGACUUUAACUCAUAUGAAAAGAUGGUGCUGCGAUGUUUUACACGUCAGUCAAAGAUGAGAGAAAUUGUGAUUUAUUGUAUAGAUAUUUGGUUCACAGGAUAUAUGGCUUUCCCUUCACAUCACCAGCAUUGGUUGUGGAUAAAGAUUCUGUAUUUGUGUAAGUUACUAUUUUCUAAGAAUUACUAAGAUACAUUUUUAAAAAUUAGGUUUUUAUAGCUGAGAUUAUUUGUUUUUAAUACAACUGUAGUCUCUUUCUUUAUGUCAAUUUAUUAAUUAUUUUCAUUGCUACAGUUUAAAUAUUUCCACUCCUUUCUCAAAUUAACCUCCUAGAUUUCCAUACAUGGCUUGAAACCUUUUGCUAGUUCAGAGGUCAACUAAAGCAUCAUUGGGGAGAGGGGGGGGCAGGGGGGGUGGUUGUUUGGUUCAUAAACAGGAAAGAACAAAGUCAUUAAUUUUAAAAUAAAUCUUUAAUUUUUAAUUAUGAAUGACAUUUGAUUUCAGAUAAAUUUAGGCAUACAUGUCCAACUGAUAGACAGCUUGUUUGCAAAUGUUUUUAUCCACUAUUGUAAUAUUUUUCUUACAAAUGUUAUCACCUUCUUACACCAAGUUUACUCCCAUCAUCCCCAGGCCAUCAGGAUGGGACAAUGAGAAAAAGAUUAGCAUACUGUAUGAAAAUAUGACCUCGAUGAAACCAGAUGAUCCUUUCGAAGAUGUCAUCAACAAACCUUCUACAAGGAAGGUACUAAAGCUGUGAUAUCUAAACUCUCAAAAGAUGAGGGAUUGAAAAAUUAGUUAUAUCUGACAGUCAUUCACUCCAGAACAUACACAAACAUAAAUGAAUCUCUUUAGGGUAGGUCUUUGGGAUCCAAUCCUUAUCUUUUCUGCUCGAUUUUUGCACUUUCCCAAAUGAAUUUGUCUGUAAUAAUACAACUAAGCUUAAGGCUAAAAUUGUCAAUAUCUGACUCGUUUACGUAGAGCUAACACUGUCAUUUCUAGCACAUGGAAUAUUUCUGAAAUGAUUGCCAUAAUUUUAAUCCAUUUGAAACAAUUCCAGUAAAGAAAUUCUGUGUUGAUUUUGCAAUCGAGAAGGGACACUCUCCAGCAUCAGACAUGGUUGUGGGAAAACAUUGAGAAAAUUUCAUACCCGAUUAAUCAAAAAAAAUCUGUGAUAAAAGCAUGUUAGCACACACAUAAUGAAAAUAGGAAACAAAGUCAUUUAUAUUGAGUGGUUUCCCCAUAACCAAUAUACAUUAAAUUAUUUGCAUUUUUAAUUACGAUUUUGCUAAUUGGGCCUUGACACCAAAUAUCCUCUCUGGGUUUAAAGAAGCAGACAUUACCUUGUGUCGUUGAUGUCAGUUUCUGGUAUCAUUUAUAUAGGAGUUUAUUAGUAUUAAAAUGGUGUUUUUCAUUUGGUUGUAGGUUGUCCAGCGGGAUGCUGAGAUCACUGCAGAAGAUGAACAAGUUUUCCUUAUGAAACAGCAGACACAGAUUUCUAAACAGCCUGUGCCGGGGACAUCACCGGCACCAGCUGUAAGUUGUGUGGCGGUUUGUUUUGUGAUUUAGACACUUUAAACUGUUGAUUUAAAAAGUAUCUGUUGUGGUUUUUAUUUGGUAGAAGUUGUGUUGCUUUUCUGUCUUUUUAAAAAAAAAUAAAAAAAUAUUUGACUUUUCGUUACAGGAACAAACACCUGUUCCAAGACAACCGAGGCCUCAAGUUCAUAAAACACCAGAGAGAACACCCGCUCCUGCUAAUGCUGGAACACCUAUUCGAGGCAAAGUAUGUUUGAAAGUUUCCUGAUUAUUUUUAUCUGCAUAUAUUUUUUAAUGUUUUAACCUUUAUUUGAUUCAUAUCACUACAUGAUACAAGUUUUUAAAAAUCUAUGUUUUUUAAUAGUAAAUCAAAACUAAAUAUAGUUUUUCUCUUGGAAUUAAAUUUUCUAAUUCUUUUUUUUUUUUUUUCGUUAAGCAAUUAUAAUUUAAGUUAAUAUUGUUUGUUCUGUUGUUGUCAGGAUGGCAAGCCUCAAGCAGGGAACACAACAGAAGGAAUGUUAGCUAACUUUUUUAACAGUCUUCUCAGUAAAACACCAGGACAAGCAGGUCCAAGUAUGUUCCUCAGUUGGUCUCCAUUAAUGUUGUUCUCAUUCCUGUCACGGCUUUCAUCAUAUUACUUUUGUUGCUUGCGCUGGUGUUAUUUUCACGAUUCAUCUGUUCAAAAUUUGAGAACUGUUUUCACAGUGAAACAGUUUCUUUUUCUUAUCAUUUGUUCCUUUAUUUUCUAUGUCAUAUUAUAAUCUAGAUUUAGAAUUGUGGGACAAAUAGAAAAGCACUUCUUUUAACAUCUUGUAGAAAUUAACACUGUAUCAUUGAUCUCUCCAAACAUUUAGCAUCAAUGAGUGGAGCAGAGCAUAUUGGUAGGACUCGUUUUUUUUCUCCCCCUCUAAAGUAGAAUAGUAGAUAAAGUUUAAUUAUUUUGAAAUUGCAUUGGUUGAAAUUUGAAUGUUUUGUUUGGGGCUGUUUAAUUUUUGAUGUGAAGAAUUUCGAAAUAUUAAAAUUACUGUCUCUCUCUUUCUUUUGUGAGCGCUCUUAAGUUUUAUUUCUAAAUGUCUAUUGAUUUUAUUAGCUGCAGUGUUCCAUUUGUUUGCAAUUUAUGUGUUCUUUAAAUUUAUUUUAAAAAAUGUGCUUUUUUUUUUGUUUGUUUGCAUCCUGGUACAUUAACCCUGGCUGACAAUCAUUAAAUGCUAUUCCAGACAAAGCUGCUGUGACCAGGGAUGCUGCAGCUGAACUGGAGCGCAUGACAAGGGGCAAGAAGACCAUAGACUCCAACAAUACAUCAACAGAUUCCCAGGGAUCACCCUCUUGAUGACCUCAUCAUGGCCAUUGUUUUUACUUACAAGCCAACACCCAUAUCAGACACCGGGCUAGAAUUCUUCCUUUCUUCAGUCGGCACAUGGCUACAGUUGGCACCCCUGGCCAAAGAUUCAUUCAUGCUUAUUAAUAUUUUAACUUCAAUCAUUUAUUUUUAUUUAAAAAAAAUUAAAUUAGUUUUUAUUUUUUUAAAAAACAAUCUUUUUACAAACCGCUUAAUAUCCCUAUUUUUAUUGGUUAAUUUAAAAUAAUUUUCGUACAAGUUUGAUUAGCUAAAAUGCCUCCCAAUCUUAACACAUUAAAAAAAAAUAUUAAUAAGUUAUGCACCAAUAUACAAAAAGAAUAUUACAAUUCUCUCUUGUCAAGCUUAUAAUGAACGCAGUCCAACUUAGUGUUGUUUAUGUGGUGCCGUUUGCUUCAACCUAAUGAAUGAAAACUGAUGACUAGUGGCUGGCUGGGACAGCACUCAAUGAACAGAUUUCUUCAAACAGUGAGUUGGGUGGAGAGGGGGGGGGUGGUCUUACAGCAAAAAAUGGUAAUUUCAUAAUAUAACAACGGAAGGUUCUUCUGUCAUUGCAAUUAAUGUGUAAAAUUCUUAACAUAUACUUGGCUUUCAAGUUAUUAUAAUUAUAUAAAAAAUGUUUUUUAGAUUCUUUUGUAGAUUUCUAUUUUUUUAACAAUGCCAUUUUAGUUUCAAUAACCCUUCUCACUUAGAUCAUUGCCAUGGUUUUGUUAUGUUAAAUUGAUGUUUUAAAUAACUAAUUUUUAAGAUUGCUUACUGAUCUAAGUCAGUUUCAAAAUCCUUGUCCAUUUAAAAUGAAAAUAAGUGAAACAUUUGUAUUAUUUUGUGCCAUUUUUAUCUCGACACCAUAUUUGAUUACUUCCUGCUUGGAAACUUCCUGUCUGGUUGUUGAAUAUAUUUCAAGUAUCCGUGCAUUUAUUGCAGAUGUAGCAAUAUCAAUAAUUUAUUAGUAAAUUUUUCCUUUGGGCCCUAUGACAUUUCGUUUGGUAAUGGCACAUUUUAUUAGAAAGUAGAACCUGAUUUCAAUUUGGCAUUGGAUUUCAACUAUUUAUUUGUAUAUGAUAAGGCCUCGAAGAAUAAACCAGCACUUCACAGUUGUAGAUGUUUGUUCUUUCGGUGAUGCCCUUGUUACUGUAUGAAUUUUAAGGGGCUCGGUCUUCCUUUCAAUCUUUCACCUGCAUCAUUAUUGUGUAACCAUGGCAACCACUUGACUUGCAGCUUUGUUUGUUAUUAGUAGUUAUAUAAAAAAAAAUAUUCCUCAAUUCUCUUUUUCAUCACCUUUGGUAUGUAUUGGUCUUUCAUGUCCUUCCCAUCCCCCCAUUUCUCUUCCCCCUUCACUGCCAAGCUUUGGUGGAGGUGGGUGGGGCAUUAUUCCAGCUGUAACCUCACAGGUUUAUUUUCACACCUGGUUUGUUCAUUCAUUCAUUAAUUUAUAUGUAGUUUUGUUGUGAAUGGUGUGCAUGGAUGCCAUUGUCAUGUAUGUGAUGCUAACUUGUUAAUCUAGGGUGACACGUGUACAUAACAGGAUAUUUCUUUAAUUUUUUUUGUCUUGUUUUGUUAGUUAACAGAGGUGUGAAUGGCCAAUGAUUAGUGAUUGUGUCUUUGUAACUGUAAACUGUAAGGCCAACAAUGAUUAAUUUGUUAUGUAUCACACAGUUGCCAGACCAAAUGGGGAUUAUAACUUAACCUUUGUUUUUUUUGUUUUUUUGUUGUUUCAAAGUUAAUUUUCUGCCUCACCUGAAGAAUUAUUAGUGGAGAUAACUCAGCCAAACAGCAGUCCUAAUUGAUUUAAUAAAAUCUUAAUAAUCCAUUCAUUGUUUCACUUAUAAGUCCAGAUAUAUUCUUUUAAUAGUCAAGUAAUAAUCCUUUUUCAGGCCUUAAAAAUUCCAAGAGUUGUCUGGUAAUGUAAAACAUAGGUUAGUGGAAAAACCUGGAAGAUAAAACAAAAUAAUUUUUAAAAGUUGUGAUUAAGUUUUUAAUUAUUUAUUUUUUUAGGGAGUGUGAAUUAAAGUAAUCUAGUCAUUUUCUCAUCUGAUUCAGAUUUUUUUUUUCAAAAGCAAAUUGCUAAAGUCCAAUUAUAAUACAAUAUCUUUGUACAAUACUUAAAUACCCUUCAUAUUUUAUAAAUGACAAAUUCUAGUAAUGCUUCUAUUAUUACACAUCCACCAAAGUAAUUACAUCUAUGGCCACUUACAUCUAAGAAGUACCGGUAUCUAAAAUGAAAUAAUUUAUUGCAAUAGUAAAGAAAGCCUUUAGUUCAAACUUUGGAAAUUAUUUAUGUGUACAUAAUAAUAUAACCCAGUACAGAAUAUUUCAAUUAUUCUAAUAUCAUUAACAACUGAUCUGAUUUGAAGCUUAUGAUAAUCUGCACAUCACAUGUGGGCUACUAGUAACUGGUUCAAAAGUUUUUAGUUUUAAAGAUAUAGUAAAAGUAUAUUAAUUUAUUUGACUGAGUUAAAGGUUACUGCUUAUAAAGUGCCAGUUAACUAUCUGGAAUUUUUAUUAUUAAAAUAUUUUUUUUAAGGCUAGACCAAUGCUGAGAAAUAAAAUGUAAUUACUCCAUUUAUUCUAAUCUCUAUUGCUUUGCGUACCCCAACAUGAUAAGCUUCAGACCACUGAGCUCCCUGCUUCGUGUAAUUGAACUCACUGUUCCAUGCGAUGCAACAUCCUGCUUCCUGUAAAAAGUAGCUUUUGUUUUGAGCCAUAGCCUGCCAUCAGUUAGCAUGAAAUCCCAUGACAUACAAACUGGUGGACAAUCACAUUCAGUGUCUUGUGUUCUAGUGUAUCACUUUUAUCCAUCUCUAUAUGUACAUCAUCUUAAGUAUUGCUAACAUACAAAAUUGCCAAAAACUAUUUCCUCAUUACUGAACACUCUCUCUCCCCUUGUUGUGUAAGGCUUUUAAAAAAAGGGGUUGGGGGGGGGGCAUUUUGUAAUAAAGCAACACACACUGUUAUUCUACUUUUAUUAACAUUGUCACACAAAAAUGGCCCCACAGAUACUGAAUAGAUUUCUGUAUUUUAAAAGAAAAAUCCAUGCCACUGUGUCCACAGCUGUAGUAGGAGGACAAGUGACAGCUUAUUUUGUUGUUUCAUCAUAUUUGUUUAUCUUCUUGUUGUUGAUGUUGAAUCUAACAUGUGAACAUAAUCUUGGCUAAUGUGUACAUUCAGUUAUUCUUGUGUACCAUAUUGUGAUUGUGAGAAGUUCUUUAAAAUAUUACGCUUAUUUUAAUUCUCUCUGAGCUGUAAAAACACGAGUACAAAAUAAUAUAUUAACUUAAAACAUGUAUGAAUAAUGAACAUGUGUAUACUUAGCAUUUAGGAAUGUUUGUAGCUUUCAAUAGUUCCUAUCGUGGUGUUUGUGCGAGUCUGGUGCUGUUUCUUUGUAACCAGAAUUGUGUUAAUCAUGCUUUAAUGGUGUUGUUUUUUCUUUGAGAUUAUUGUGUGCAUGGUGAAAUCUGGUUGUUCUAACUUGUAAUGGAGUGAUUGAUUCACAGUCAAAGAGUUGUAGAUAAAGUUUCAAGUAAGUCUGUUUAAUCAUGAAUUUAGACAAUUUUUAAAAAAAGUUUCUCAUUAUUGACAUUGUGUUUAUUUGAUACAUGCUGGAUGAUUAUUUAGUUGUUGGGUAUGUGUGAAGCUUUUAUUGAUUUCUCAAGCUUUUGGUUAAAAAGUCUACAAAACUGGGGAGCAACUUAAUUCUCAUUCCUUUUUUUUUCCACUCCAGUUCCUUUAUUAACCCCAGUAGUAAUUGCCUGGUGUAUCGGAGCCACCAGGAUUUUUUUGUAAAUUAAAAGCUUGAAAACAAACUUCAAUUCAGCGAUACUCUCAGACCCUGAGUAGUCUGUCAUAAAGGAUUUUUUUAUUUUUUUAAAAUUAGUAUGCAAGUAAGUUCUUUUUUUAUUUUUUUGGAGAAUAUUUUACCCUUUUUACAGUUAAUUUUUAGAGUUUGAGACAUGUGGAAAAAAACCAGUUCAUGUUCGGGUCAUCCAUAGAGUGAGUUCGCUUAACCUCAAGUUAUUCUGUAUUUCGUUUUAAAUAUUUUCUUUGCACUUCACAUUUAUUAAAUGUUCCAUUGAACUUGAACAACUGUCUUCUCUAAAGACAGAUGUGAGCAGGAAAAGAAGUCCAACUGUUGGUGAUGCUCUGUGCCCAAGUGGACUCCCAUGAUCCACAAUAGAAAAUAUAGAAUCUGAAAGAUUUCCAAUUUGCUGCUGCUCUAUAUUAAAUAAUAAACUUGGUAAAUGCACCUCAGUCAGGAAUUACAAUUUUUUACUUGGCAAGUACAAAUUUAUAAUCAGGUGUUGAUGAAAAGAGCUUCCGAGGUUAGAUAAGUCUAAAUUGAUGUGUUUAAAUUUUCAGUUUCGUAGUGGAACUGUGUAAACAUUGUUAUUGUAAAAUUUUAGUGUUUUUACCAUCAUUUAACUUUGCUUAUUUAAAUUAUGUAAAUUCAGGAAUUUUCGCUCCGAUGCCUGUUUCUAUCUGAGGUGCAUCAGAUUUCCUAAAUGAGUACCCCCAGUUUAGAGAACAAUAUCAUGUAAUGUUUAGUGUUGAUGUCAUUGUUGCCAUGCAAGCUCUGCUGCAUCUUUUUUUAACCCUUGCCUCUAACUAUACAUAGUAAUUUAUUUAAAAAAAUUUUUUUUGAAGUAUAGUAAAUCAACUUUUAAUUGUGUCAGUAAGAAUGAAGUACCUGGCACAUAAUAAUUCUAUCAGUAAAACCAAUAAUGAGGCAUUGAGAUUUGAUUAUUUAAAAAUAUCUAAUACGGUAGUAAAUAGUAAUUGUGGCAUUUGAAUUUAACGAUGUUAUAAAGUGAUUUGGUAAAUUGUUAUAGAAGUAAAUAAAAAACCAUCCAUUUUCAUAAAUUUAGUUCAAAGUUUUAAAAAAUGGAUAUAUUUUUGUGCUGUCCAGCUAUUUGGGAAAAGAAAGAUGUAGCAAUUUUUCAUGAUCAGCCUCAACACUUGUGCAAUAAAGAUUAUCCAAACAUUC